GUCACACUCCAAGAGGGAGAUCAGUAGGUAUGAUAUUGCCACAAUUUACACAUUUUAAUUAUGCAUUCUGUUUUGCAAUUUUUUUAGUAGAAGGGGUGAGUAAAAGAGCGACUAGGGGUAAGUGCUUAAGCAGAUUGAGUUUCUGUGCUUGAAAAAUGGCACGCACCUUGCAUCAGUUCUUCAGAGACUAUCUAGCAAACUGGCGCUUCUACAAAAAUCGUCUGGUAUCCAAGGACGGACACUGCCACAUCGAAUAUGGCAACGUGGGAUACAGCAGUCGUUUUGCGUAUAUGCAGGAUCUCUGGACCACCUUUGUGGAGGUCCGUUGGCGUUACAUUAUUUUCUUAUUUGUGGCCUCCUUCACUCUAAGCUGGUUCAUUUUUGGACUUAUUUGGUACUGGAUUGGUCUUGUUAAUGGUGAUAUGUGGUGGCAAAAUCCACCUCCAGACCAUAAGCCAUGCGUAUUUAAUGUUUUUGGCCUCACAUCUGCCUUUCUCUACUCACUGGAAACACAGGCGACCAUUGGUUAUGGUCUGCGAGUACUCAGUCCAUACUGCCCUGGUGCUGUCGCAGUAAUUAUCAUCCAGUCCAUCAUUGGUAUACUUAUUAACUGCUUCUGGUGUGGACUGGUUAUGGCAAAAAUCGCUUUACCCAAGAAAAGAGCUAAGACCAUUACCUUCAGUAAAAUUGCAGUCAUUUGUCCCAAAAAUACUGCCCUCUGUUUGCAGAUAAGAGUAGCCAACUUGCGUAAGACGUUAAUGAUUGGAAGUCAGUUAUAUGGCAAGCUGCUUAGGACAACAGUCACUCCAGAAGGAGAGACCAUCAUUCUGGACCAGGUCAAUAUUGAUUUUAUGGUCGAUGCUGGAAAAGACAACCUCUUCUUUAUUUGUCCGUUGACUUUGUAUCAUGUAAUUGACAAGGAUAGUCCAUUUUUUAAGAUGACUUCGAACACAGUGCUUCAACAGGAGUUUGAGUUGGUGGUGUUUCUGGACGGCACAGAUGAAUCCACCAGCUCCACCUGCCAAGUAAGGACGUCUUACCUCCCUCAGGAAAUUAGGUGGGGAUACAAGUUCCUCCCUAUCAUCUCCCGCAGUAAAGAAGGAAAAUAUUGUGUGGACUUUUCCAAUUUUGAGAGAGUGGAAGCAGUUCCAACAGCACACUGUGCUCACUGCUUCUACAAUGGCCCAUGUGAUCCUCACAGUCCUAGAAAUGGCAUUGAUAACCAGGCUUUUGAAGCGAUUGAAAUAAUUGAUCAAAACCGUGCCAAAGAAAUGUAAGCUGUACAGGAGGGUUCAAAUGGCUUACUUGCUCUCUCUAAUAUGCUUUACAGCAAAAAUAAAUAAAUAAAACUGAACAAAAUGCAUAGAAAAUAAGCAUUAAUAACAUUAAGCAUAACCUGAAUUAUAUCCCUUAGGUUUCUAUUUUCAACUGAUAAAGCAAUCAACAUUAUAAAAGCAUUCAAAUUAAACUUAAUGACAAUGUUUAAUCCAUUAUCUACUAUUAAUUCAGAUUUAUAUAUACAAUAUAUAUAUUGAAACAAAAAACUGUGCAUUAAAUUAUAGAAAAGUUAGACAUACCUAGUGUGUGUGUGUGUGUGUGUGUGUGUGUGUGUGUGUGUGUGUGUGUGUGUGUGUGUGUGUGUGUGUGUGUGUGUGUGUGUGUGUGUAUCUUUUUUAUGUCGCUGUUACCUUUUUGUUUUGUCAGAGUCACAAAGCUCUUUAUAUCACUAUAUGAGUUUUGGAAACUUUUGUUUUAAUUUCUUUAACCUGGAAUGAAUCAAUAAGGAAAGAUUGUUUGUUAGAUAAGUGGUUUUUACUUUAAAAAUGUCUUUUCCUGAGUCUAUUUUCAAGUGGUACCUUAUAUUACCUAUUUAUACUUACAUAACUUUGAAUAAAAUAAUAUUAUGUCAGCCAUUAAAAAAUAGUUAGCCCUAAAAUCAUUUCCUGUCAGCAAUAAAUUCAAUAUACAUUAAUAUAAUAUAGCCUUCUAUAAAUCUUUACUCUAUAUGCCACUUUGUAUUACCAUCAAGUGUGCACACCCAUGUCCUGUUAUACGGGUGGGUGAAAAGUGCACCGACUGGACUUCUAAGUCUCUAAUGCACAAACUCUUCUUUUGGUGAGAUGUUGACACUUAUUUCAACACCAAAAUGGCUUUGAAAAUGCACAGUAAGAAUGAAUGGCAUCAUGAUGUCCAGUCAUAUAUAUGGUCUUUAGGUUCUUUCCAUUACAGAGGGCUUGAAUGACAGAAAUAACUGCUUGGCAUCAUUGCCAAGUAGGCAAACUUUACUAUAAGAACUAGUUGAUUUGAAAGCACUGUUCCUAGGUAGCUAAUAGUCUACUGUUAACCUGGUACAGCCCUGGUUUUCUUAGUAAUCAGCUAGCAUCAUAUCUGAACUGGGAACUAGUUAUCUAUCCAUUGUCAGGUAUUUAAAAUCAUGACUAGCAUUUCUCUAGCUAGUUAUUAUGUAUAUGUUAUAUGCGUUUCUUCUGUAGUUUUGUCUUGUGUAUCUUGAACAGCUUGAACAAAAUUCAUAAGAAAAGCUUGAGCUGAUUAAAUGAUUGGAUUUGAAUUGAAUUUAUUUAUCCAGGCUCAAAUAUCUAAGUGUCUGUGUGGAUGUUUAAAUAUUCAUAUGUGUGACUAUUCAUAUUAAUAUAUGUGUUUGUGUGA